CCCUCCCUCUCCUCCCUCCAUCCAUCCGUCUCUCUUUCAUCACCAACGCAACGAUUCUCGCUUGUCCAACAGGAGCACAACAUCCUCCCGCGGACUAACAACAACGUCGUCAUCAUAACCAUCGUCAGCCGGCCCCGAGCAACAGCACACGACACGCGCACACGCCGGCCCACCAUGCAGCUGAAGCCGCUCGCCUUUGCGGCCGCGGCCGCGGCGAUGCUCGUCGUCCCCGAGACAUCCGAGCACGACGAGGCCGUCUUCAGGGCGCUCCCCAUGCAGCCCGACGCCAUCGCCAUGCCGCCGACGGCCGUCUCGCAGGCCGUCCGGGUGCCGUGCGUCCAGUGCAAGGGCAGCGACGCCCAGCUGAAGCUCGACUUCGUCGUCGAGGGCGACUCGCGCCUCAUGCUCAACGGCUUCGAGCUGUACCCGACCGCCGACCCCUGGAACGGCGACCUGUCGGCCCUCGUCGUCGACGGCGGCGGCCGCGAGAGGGAGCAGCGCCUCGGCUACAGCCUGUCCAUCGAGCCCGAAGCCACGGACCAGGACCUGCAGCUGCAGCUCGUCGGCGUCGAGCUGCGCGUCAUCGAGGUCGGCAGCCGCUUCGUCGAGGGCGUCCCCACGGUCCGCUUGCAGGUUCUCCGCACCGCCGACGACAGAAUCGCCAUCGCCAACGUCGCCCUCGUCGACUCGCCCGUCUCGGCCUGCACCACCAUGUUCUGCCGCGUCAGGCAACUCACCGACGAGAUGCUCAAGUCCAUCAAGGGCUUCAGGCCCCAUGGCUGCGGCAGGCACCGCAACAAGGGCCCCGCCGCCGGCGUCAUGCCGCUCCACCACGGCCGCCCGCCGCACCCUCAUCCUCACUCUCACCCCGAUCGCCCUCAUCCCCAUCACCAUCACAUGGGGCCACAUCGCCACAACUGGCGCAAGCUGUUCAAGAACGUCGCCUCGCACAUUUUCCUGCCCGUCCUGAUGGGCAUCACCGCCGGCGUCGGCGUCGCAGUCAUCGCCAUGGUCCUCUGCAGCGUCCUUGUCCGCGUGACGCGCCUCGCCACGUGCAAGCGGGCAGGCGCUCGCUGCUGUCGCCGGAAGCAGAGCCCGCCCACCUCCCAGCCCGACAUCGAAAAGGUCGGCCUGAUGCAGGAGGAGGAGCACGAGGAGGCUCCUCCCCAGUACCGGGACGACGAAUCCAAGUAAGCCGGACGCGCCGGGCAACAAAAGUUUUGCGCAUCGUCCCUAUCCAGCGCGCAUUGUGCGCCUGGAGUACGACGGGCGCACUCAUCGUCACACGACACACGCGAAUACCCACAGUGCACAGGUGCAGAAGGGGUUGGAUGAUUGGGCGUUUUUGGGCAUGGGGCAGGUAAGGGGUCGCGGGUCGUGGUUCGCGCGAUGGCCGGGGCGAGGCGGAUGCUGGUCGCCCACUACCCUCCUUUUCAUGACGGCAUUGGGCUGCAGCGUUUCAUUUGAUAUACCACAUGUCACACAGGCACACUCCUUUUGAAUUGAGUUUUGAGCGUACGCCGCGGGCAGGUGCGAGAUGCUGACGUUCUUUGCCGUGCUGUGCCGUGCCGUGCCGUAUCGCGAGAUGCCGUGAGCCGCGCGGGCGGCAACGAGGCUGCCC